CGAAGGAAGCGUGAACUUUCCCUACCACUGCCAUUGCUUCCGCGAAACAUCGGGAUUAGCUAUCCCUGGGCGCAAAAAUGGCUCCUAUAUAUGUCCUUUCCGAGACCAGCGCUGGCUAUGCGCUGUUCAAGUCCUCGGAUAAGAAACUGCUGAAGCGCACUGAUAUUGCGGAUAAGACAAAGACGGCAGAGGAUACCUGCUCGCUUCUUAAGCUCAAAGAGUUUCGCAAGUUUAACAAUGCGACCGAGGCGCUCAACGAAGCGGCCGCCAUAGGCGACGGUAAAGUUACGCCCAUGUUGACAAGCUUCCUCGAAUCUCUCAAGGACGAAAAGAAGGCCUCAUUGGCCGUCGCAGACUCGAAACUUGCUGCGUCUAUUAACAAGAUUCCCGACCUAUCGCUAAACCUCGUCUCUGAUUCCACAACAACGGACCUAUAUCGCGCCAUCCGUGAACAUUUGCCCAGUCUCAUCACCGGUCUCACGCCAAAGGAUCUCGACACCAUGAAUCUCGGUCUCUCACACAGUCUCUCACGGCACAAACUGAAGUUCAGCACGGACAAGGUCGACACAAUGAUCAUCCAGGCGAUUUCCCUGCUCGACGAUUUGGACAAAGAGCUGAACCAGUACGCCAUGCGCGUUAAGGAAUGGUACGGCUGGCACUUCCCGGAAAUGGCGCGUAUUAUCAACGACAACGUAGCAUACGCACGAGUUGUGCUCACCAUGGGUAUGCGCUCCAAUGCGUCCAAGACGGACCUUUCGGACGUACUUCCCGAGGAGAUUGAGGGUGCCGUGAAAGCCGCUGCCGAGGUGUCUAUGGGCACGGAAAUCACAACGGAAGAUCUGGAAAACAUUCAAGCACUUGCGGAGCAAGUUGUGGACUUUACCGAGUAUAGAGGGCAGCUCUCCUCGUACCUCAGCAAUCGUAUGCGAGCCAUUGCACCCAACCUAACUGCCCUCGUUGGCGAGCUUGUCGGUGCUCGUCUCAUUGCGCACGCUGGUUCCCUCACCAACCUUGCCAAGAGCCCCGCGUCUACGAUUCAGAUUCUCGGUGCGGAGAAGGCUCUGUUCCGAGCACUGAAGACCAAGCACGACACGCCGAAGUACGGUCUCAUAUAUCACGCCUCGCUCGUUGGCCAAGCGACAGGCAAGAAUAAGGGUAAAAUCGCGCGUGUAUUGGCGGCCAAAGCUGCUCUCGGACUGCGCGUGGACUCGCUGAGCACUUGGGGCGCUGACCAAGAACAUGACGCCAGCGAAGAGCCGACGGAGGAGGAGCGCAGUGCACUCGGCAUCAGCGCGAGACGCUACGUCGAGAACAGACUGCGAGCCAUUGAAAACAGACCGAUCAAGUUUGACAGGAGCGGCAAUGCCAUCGCGCCGCCCAAUGCUCAGCCAGGGAAGUGGGAGAUCAAAGAAGCGAGGAAAUAUAACAAGAACGCCGAUGGUCUCACCGGCGACGAACCGGCGGCUUCUGCGCCAGCCCCGAAGGUGAAGAAGGAGAAGAAGAGCAAGCAACCACUGAUUGAAGAGGUGAACGGGGCUGCGGCCGAGGACGAGUCGGACUCAGACUCGGACUCGGAGAUGGAAGAUGCGCCCAAGUCGAAUGGCACAAGCGACAAGAAGCUCAGCGAAAAGGAGGAGAAGGCCCUGAGGAAAGCUGAAAAGGCAGCGAGGAAGGCGGCGAGGGCGGAGAAGCGACGGCUAAAGGAGGAGAAGCGGGCGAAGAAGGAGGAAAAGAAGCGCAAGAGGGAGAGUCUCGGGGGCGAAGGGGAAGAGAAGAAAAAGAAGAAGAGCAAGAGCUCAUGAGCGCGAGACGAGGUGAGGGCCGGGCAGGAGAAGGGGAAAAAAAAAAGAGAAUAAACGUGGUUCUUAAGGUUUUCCUGUUUCUUUCUACAAGAGUUCAACUGACGAAGGGAGGGGUGUCAUUCCCGCGCGGACGUUGGGAAGGGGGGACGCGAAACGGGGGCUCUCGGCGUUCUUGUUUGUCUCUUUUUGUCCUAUGCUCCUCUCUUGUCAUACAGUCUCUCCCAUCGGCGCAGAGAGAUGGGGGAAAAGAGAGAAAGAGAGAGAGAGAGAGAGAGAGAGAGAGAGAGAGGACUCUUGUAUAUCAUGGGCUGUGGAGCGUAUCCCUACUCGAACGCGCCGUUAUUGCCUGCAUCGGGCGGGGUUCUUCGUUUUCUCUCUUCGGGCUCGUUCUUUCUCUUUGAUGGGGGAUCUAUUUUCUUUUUAGAGCCGUUUCUUGCGCAUCACAGGGCGUUCGUUUUUCGAAGGAUGGGAACGUUUUUACUAUUACUCAAGCCUUUGAUAUAAAAAAGGAAUGGGAAAAAAAAACCGAAAAAGAAAAAGUUGACGUCUCCUGUUCCCAA